AUGGCUCAGGUAGAAAAAAUAUUUACAGCUGACACACAUAUACUACAGUAUGCAGAUGAUAUAAGCAUAUAUACAUCCCAAAAUAGUAUUGACGAAUGUAUAUCUAAACUCACAAGAGAAAUGUCUAAAUUCCAUCAAUGGACAUUAAAUAAUCAUCUAACAUUAUCACAAGAUAAAACAGCCAGUAUAAUUUUCAGUAGAUACAGAAUACCAGAAGAAUUGACACAAAUUAAAGUCAAUGACAAGUUAUUGCCAAGGAAAAGGAGCAUAAAAUUGCUAGGACUACAUCUGGAUGAGAAACUUAUGUUCAGAGAAUAUAUAACUAACACAAUAAAGAGAUGCGAACGUGGAAUUAAUCUACUUAGACUAUUAGCUAAAACUUGGUGGGGAGCAGAUCCCCAGAUAUGUAUAAAUAUCUACAAAUCUAUAAUUAGAUCCGUAAUAGACUAUGGCAGCUAUAUAUAUGGUCGAGGAGCAAAAUCAUUAAUGGAAAAACUAGACAGAAUGCAAUACGGAGCCCUAAGAGUAUGCAUUGGAGCGAUGCGCUCAACGCCAACCAAUGCUCUUCUGGUGGAAACUGGUGAACCACCUUUAAGUAUCCGCAGAACAAUGUUAGGAAAUAAUUUUCUUUUAACAAAGAUACAUAAUGAUAACGAAAAUAUCCCUGCACAAAUGGAGCUGUUACAUAAACUAGUUUCUACAAAAAUAUAUUGGCGCAAGAAACAAAAUCCAAUAUUAGUAGAUUGCCUCAUAAAUAUCAAAAAAUAUGAAAAUAAUAUAAUUAAAAAUUCCACAUUGCCAAUGUUUAAAUUACCACAAAAAUUAAUAUAUAAAAAAAUAAACACAUACCUAGAAGAAAAUCUGGUAAACACUAACAGUAUGAAUGUAGCUUUACGAAACACAAUAUUUAAUUAUAAGGUAAGAUUAACAUGGCCUGGAGCAAAAUUUAUAUACACAGAUGGAGCCAAAAUAGGGAAUUUAGCAGGAUGUGCAGCUUUUGAACCAACAAGCAAUACAGUCAAAUACAUCAAGUUGCCAGAAUCGACUUCUAUCUUUACUGCUGAACUUAUAGGCAUCAAAAACUCAAUAAAAAUUAUUGAAGAUAAUCAUAUAGAAAACUGUGUCAUUCUAACCGACUCUCGGAGUGCAAUAGAGGCGUUAGGAAAAAUAGACAGUAAGACAAAUAACAUUAUUUUGGAAAUACUAGAGGCUAUAGAAAAGUUAGAAAACAGAAAAUAUAAAAUAAACAUUGUGUGGAUGAAGGCACAUGCAGGUAUUAAGAACAACGAAGCUGUAGACAAAUUUGCAAAACAGGCUUGUCAAUUCGGGGAGGAAGGACAUAAAAUCCCAGCUUCGGACCUAAGACAGAAACUCAAGCAAAUCGCACUACAUCAAUGGCAACUCAAUUAUACAAAGUCUGUAGAGAAGAAAGGACACAAGUACGGCUCAAUAAACCCGAAAGUAUCCACGAAAUCUUGGUUUCAAAAAAUAAAACAAAACAGAAAAUAUAUUACAAAUAUAUGUAGGAUACGACUAGGUCACGGGAGAUUUGGACAGCACCCAAAUAAAAUUAAUAUUAUCAAUUCCCCAGCAUGUACAUGUGGGUAUGAGGAAGAAUCCCUCAAUCACAUCUUCUUUGAAUGUCCCCGAUAUCAGUCUGCAAGGGAAAAAUUUUACAAGAAGCUGCAAAAAGAGAAAAUUGAGUUUCCUACUAGCGUUCAUCAAUUACUUCUAAUUAGUACUGAAAGCAUACAUAAUAUUAUUAAUCAAUUUCUUAUGGACAGUAGUUUAGAAAUUUAA